CAAAUCCCGAAGACUCCAAACCUAGAAAUCAACGAAUUUUCAAACGUCGAUCCAAGUCUUCAUCGAUCUCAAGGUUUUGUUUUGAAAUUUCCAUGGAGAAAACAACACACGUGGCCGUUGUUCCCAGUCCUGGAUUUAGCCAUCUGAUUCCUGUUCUUGAGUUCUCCAAGCGACUUGUUCAUGUUCACCCAGAUUUUCAUGUCACUUUCAUCAUCCCCUCACUAGAAUCUCCUCCUCCUUCCUCCAUAGCCUACCUUCAGAAUCUUCCUCCAAACAUCCAAUCCAUCUUUCUUCCUCCUAUCUCCAAACAAGACCUGCCUAAAGAUGUCCACAUGUCAGUCCAAAUUCAACUCACGAUCGCCAAAUCUUUGCCAUCUUUACACCACGAAUUGAAGUCCUUGAAUUCCAAAUCUCAUUUGGCCGCCAUAGUUGCAGACCCUUUUGCAGGUGAGGUAUUAAGCUUUGCAAAGGAACUCAAUACUUUGUCUUUCAUUUACUUCCCUUCAGCUGCUUCAACUCUUUCCUUCUGCUUCUAUCUCCCAACUCUCCAAGAAGAGAUUUCUGGUGAGUUCAGAGACGUACCACAACCUAUCCAGAUCCCAGGUUGUGUCCCAAUCUAUGGAAGAGAUCUCCCUGACCCGGUUCAAAAUCGGUCCAGUGAGUCUUACGCAUCGUUUCUUCAACGGACCAAGAGAUUGUUAUCUGUUGAUGGAUUAUUGGUUAACACCUUCACGGAGAUGGAAGAAAGUGCUGUAAGAGCCUUGACAAAGAAAGAAAGUGGUUAUCCGCCUGUGUAUCCGAUCGGACCCAUCACUCAAACCGGGUUAAAUGGUGAAGAAAACGGGUCAGAGUGUCUGAAGUGGUUGGAGAAUCAACCACCAAGCUCUGUUUUAUACGUUUCUUUUGGAAGUGGUGGGACCUUAUCUCAAGAACAAAUCAAUGAGCUAGCUUUUGGCUUGGAAAGGAGUGGCCAGAAAUUCUUAUGGGUUCUUAGAGCACCAAGUAACUCAGUGAGUGCUGCUUACCUUGGUUCUACAGAUGAGAAUCCUUUAGAUUUCUUACCAGAAGGUUUCUUGAAGAGAACCCGAGAGCAAGGUUUUGUUAUUCCUUCUUGGGCACCUCAGAUUUCAAUCCUUAGCCAUAGUUCCAUUGGUGGGUUUUUGAGUCAUUGUGGUUGGAACUCCACACUUGAGAGUGUACAGAAGGGAGUGCCGAUAAUAACAUGGCCACUUUUUGCAGAACAGAGAAUGAAUACUGUUUUGUUAACUGAUGGUUUAGAAGUUGCAUUGAGGCCUAAAGUUAAUGAAAAUGGCAUAGUGGAAAGGGAAGAGAUUGCUAAACUGGUAAAGCUUUUGAUGGAGGGUGAAGAAGGUAAGGAGAUUUGCAAGAGAAUGAAAAAUUUAAGAGAGGCUUCUGCUAAUGCACUUAAAGAAGAUGGUUCUUCUACAAAGGCGUUAUCUGAAGUUGCAUUCAAAUGGAAAAGUAAUUUAAAUGCAAUGUAAGGAGGAUUGAAAUUUCUCAAUUUUCUUUUCCGUAUUAGUUUGUUGUGUUUGUUUAUCAAUUUUCAUUUAUGAAAGUUCUUUUCUUUCUGUUUCACUUUUGGGUGUAUAUUAGUAAUCAAUAAUUUCUUUUCAUGCUAAACUUAGUUAUACGGCUAUUUUAUCAUUUGUUCAUGUUUUA